ACUUUCCAUAAAACUUCCAAACCCAUAAUUCAAUCAAACACUUCUAUUACUUCUUGUUCUUGACUAUUCAUUCAGAAAGAGUCAUCAAGAUUGAAACUUUCUUCGUUAAUCUUCAACUUUUAGAUCUUAUCUUUUGAUGGAAAGAAUGAACCAACACAAGAAACAAAUAUUUCAUGAUGAUCAUCAAAGAUCAUGGGGGUUUGCUGCAAAUUCAGAUCAACAAGAUGAAGAAACUUCAACAAUCUCAAGUGAAUCAUCAUCAGUUUCUUCAUGUUCUUCAUUUGAAACUGCAGAUGAUGCUUCAUCAUCAUCAUCUUCACUAAAUUCAAAUGGAUCUUCUGUACUUGACUUAUCGGACCUAAUGGUCCAGCUACCAAUCAAGAGAGGAUUAUCAAAGUUUUAUCAAGGGAAAUCAGAAUCAUUUACAUCUCUUGCAAGAGUAAUGAGCAUAGAAGAUCUUCCAAAAAAGAUAAAGAAUCCAUACAACAAAAUGAGGAAGAUGAAAGGUAACAGCAAGAGCUAUGGAGGUGGUCUAGAUACCUACAAGUCUCACACCCUCCCUAAACCAACUAUUUCAAAGAAAGUCUCACCUUUUUUAAGGCAGAGAAGCUUUGCAAAGUCAACGCUGGUUCAAAGUCAACAUAACAUCUAAUGGUGUUUGAAAAAUUUUGAGCUAGUAAAAGAUCACAGCAUGUAUGUAGCAGACUUGAGAUUAUUUCAUCAUAAUUAAAGACUUGUAAAUAUUAUGAAGACGGUCCGGGUUGGUUACCGGCAAAUUUUCUAUUAACAGAGGUAUUAAAGUUACGUAACUUAA